UAUUAAAAGAGUUUUAAUAUGUUGUUUAUCAUUGAAAUCAAAUAGAUAAAAAUAAAUCUUGCAUGAUGCAUGUGACCCUAGGUGAAAAUUUUUGAAUUCAAUGGUAUAAACUUGUGUUUUUCAUGCUUCCGUUCCUUCAUAAUCUUGUUCCAUUCAUGAUGAUAGACAUCUUUAGAUGUAUGAAUGCUUUGCAUUAGAAUAGAAGUUGGUUAUACAGUUCUUUUAUUAACUAAACAAGUCGAUUUCCAAUUCUCAUGAUCAAUUUUAAUGCUGGAAUUAGCUAUAAUACUAAGAAUUAUUUGAUUUUCAUCAUUGGAAUUUGGAGAUUAUGGAAAGAGUUAUUAUUAGUUAUCUCAUGAUAAAUUCAUGUAAUACUGAAGGUCUAGAUUAUUAUUUUUAGUUUUAUUUGCCUUUCAAAAGCUUGAAUUCUUACAAAAUAGGAAACUUACUUUCAUGCUUUUUUUCUUGAAUUAAUCUCAAAUGGGGAUUUAUGUUUAAUACUUUUGCAUACUUUUAUUUGCUUGAAUGUUAUUUUUAUUUGGAGUUAAUAGCAUUCAUCUUUAUAGGUUGAUAUGGCUACAAAAAAUAAGGGUGCUGGAAGGGUUGCAUGGAGUAGUGAACAAUUUAACUUGUUUGUUAAAAUUUGUGUUCGAGGCACUAAUUUGGGCAAGAGAAAUGGUGGUGGAUGGGGUGACAAAGGAUAUACAUGGUUACAGAAUGAAUUGAGGCAAGUUGGUGUAGAGUAUACUAAAGAGCAAUUAAGGCACAAGUGGGAUUGGAUGAAAGAUCAAUGGAAGAUGUGGAAAGCAUUAAAAGGGAAUGAAACAGAAUUAGGAUAGGAUCCCAUAAAAGGCACAGUUGUUGCUCCUGAUGAGUGGUGGAACGAAAAAAUUAAGGAAAAUUCAAAUUUUGCAAGAUUUCGAGAGAAAGGAAUUGGACAAGAGCUUUAUGAAAACUAUCAAGAAUUAUUUCUAGGAAUUGUGGCUACUGGGGAAUUUGCAUAUGCACCAUCAUCUGGAGUUUUACCUAAUGAAACUUAGGAGACGCAACAAUUUAAUACCGCAGAUCAUGUUGAGGAGAAUAUUAGUGCAGAAUCAAAUUUUGAUGAUAAUUUAAAUGAAAUGAUGAAUGCUGGUUUUGGAUCUGGAGGUUCAUUCAGUCAAGCAGUAGGUGAAAAUGUGGGUUUAGAAAAUACAAAAAAUGAUAGUAGUCAACAUAACGUGCAAAAACAAAAGAGGAAAGAGUUGUCUAAUGACCUUGCAACAAAGAAAAAAAAGAUAAUAAGGGAAAAAAGGUUUCAGGUGCUACAUAGAUGACUGAUACAGUUAAAGAGCUAAAAGAAACUAUAAAAGAGACCAUGGAGUCUAAGACUGCAACUAUGUGUAGUCUUUUGGGAGAUUGCCUUGGUUGUUCUAUUGAAGAAGUUAUGAAAGAUGUAUUAACUUUGCCACUUAUAGAGAAAGUAAGUGAUAUUCAUUUUUUCUGCACACUAUUACUUGAUCAAAAGUCAAAAAGAGAGAUGUACAAUAUUUUCGAAGAUGCAGAAACAAAGUGGAAAUGGCUUCAAUUUCAUUUCUCAUUAUGGACUAAUGGUGUGUGGAAGCCUUCUACUUAGUAGAUGCUAUUACUUGUAUUUGCUAUUUUUCUUAUUUUCAUUACUUGUUUGAACUCUUAAUUAUCAAGUUUGGCAUUGCAAUAAAGUUUUAGUGUAAUCAUGAACUUUUAAAGUUAAAAUAUUUAGUACUUGAUAUUAAUUUAUAUAUGAGGUUUAUUUGUUUUUAUUUUUUCUUGAUAGAUAUGAAUGUUGUUCAGCGAAUGAUUUGGGAUGAUGAUGACGAUGAAGUUUGGAAGACAACCACAUAUGCAGUUGAUAUUAUAUGUAGCUAUUACUUGUCUUAUAUUCAUAAAGAACCUUGUAUGGAUUCAUUCCAUACAGGAUUUGUAUGGUUACAAGAAAUAAUGAGAGGUAAUGAGAGAAGAUGUGUUAAUUUAUUCGGAAUGGAUAAAGACACAUUAAUAAAACUUUGUCUAGAUUUAGAGUGUCAUUACAAAUUAAAAUGUUCUAAAAAAAUGACUAUUUUAGAAAAAGUUGGCAUGUUUUUAUAUGUUCUCGCUUUGGGAGCUUCAAAUAGGCAAGUUCAAGAAAAGUUUCAGCAUUCAGUAGAAACUGUCAGUAGGAACUUUCAUGAAGUAUUAAAAGCAAUGCUGUGCUUGUCAAUUGAUAUGAUAAAACCGACAGACCCCACGUUCAGUAAUAUUCCUCUUGAGGUACUGAAUGAUGACAGAUAUAUGCCUCAUUUCAAGGACUGCAUUGGAGCAAUUGAUGGAACUCAUGUGUCUGCUUGUGUUCAAGAAGAAAAUUUGAUUCGAUUUAUUGGUAGAAAAGGGGUGCCUACCCAAAAUAUUAUGGCUGCUUGUAGCUUUGAUAUGCAAUUUACAUUCGUAAUGGCAGAAUGGGAAGGUAUAGCUCAUGAUGGACGCCUUUUCCAGUAUGCUAUCAAUAAAUAAAAUUUAAACUUUUCCAAACCACCACCAGGUAAAUGUGUAUUUUAUUUUCAUUUUUCUCAUUUCUUUUUUUAAUUGGUCAUAAAAAGGCAAGUAC